UCUUCUUCUUCUUCUUAAUCUUCAUGCCCUCCACGCUUCUUUUUGGGUCGACCAAAAUACAAACCCAGCUGCGCUUCCUCCAUUGACCCCAAAAAAAAAAAACGUUUUCUGACUGAACCCUUCAAACGGCACCGUUUUAAGCUUGAAUUUAAUCGUCGCAGUCUCUGACAGCCCUCUCUUUUUGCUCCUUUCUCGGGUUCUAUAUGAAUGGAGUUUCUUCUCCCUUACUCUGUUUCUUUUUUGUGAAAUAAUUUCUUGGACGAACGAGAAAGAAAUUGGAGAGAAAGUUCCAAAUGGCUAAGAAACUGGCCUCAAAGAUGAACAUAGCCAUCAUUCAUCCCGAUCUUGGUAUAGGUGGAGCGGAGAGAUUAAUUGUUGAUGCGGCAGUUGAACUUGCAUCCCAUGGUCAUACCGUUCAUAUAUUUACUGCACACCAUGACAAAAAUCGAUGUUUUGAGGAGACUGUUUCUGGCACCUUUCCAGUUACUGUAUAUGGUGCUUUCUUACCUCGACAUAUUUUCUACCGUCUUCAUGCUUUAUGUGCGUAUAUUCGGUGUCUUUUUGUUGCUCUCUGUUUGCUGGUCAUGUGGCCAUCUUUUGAUGUAAUACUAGCGGAUCAAGUUUCUGUUGUCAUUCCACUAUUGAAACUUAAAAAGUCAGCAAAGGUUGUCUUCUAUUGUCAUUUUCCAGAUUUAUUGCUGGCUCAACACACCACUUUAUUAAGGAGGAUAUAUAGAAAACCCAUAGACUUGGUGGAGGAAAUGACAACUGGAAUGGCAGAUUUGAUUCUUGUUAAUAGCAAAUUUACAGCCUCUACUUUUGCAAAUACAUUCAGGCAUCUUAAUGCACGAGGGAUUCAACCAGCUGUUCUUUACCCUUCAGUCAACAUAGACCAGUUUAACGAACCUAAUUCUUCUAGGUUGAACUUUUUGUCCAUCAACCGUUUUGAGAGGAAAAAGAAUAUAGACUUGGCAAUUUCAGCUUUUGCUAUGCUUCACACCCUUGAAGGAGAUGUUCUUCACAGUCCAGAUCUUGCUGAAGCUUCAUUAACUAUUGUAGGUGGUUUUGAUAAACGACUAAAGGAGAAUGUUGAAUACUUGGAGGAGUUGAAAAGUUUAGCAGAGAGGAAAGGAGUGUCCACGAAGGUUAAUUUCAUCACAUCUUGCUCAACAGCUGAAAGAAAUGCACUUCUCUCUCAAUGUCUAUGUGUCCUUUAUACACCAAAGGAUGAACACUUUGGAAUUGUUCCUCUAGAAGCAAUGGCAGCUCAAAAACCUGUAAUUGGAUGCAAUAGUGGGGGCCCUGUAGAGACGAUUAAGAAUGGUGUAACAGGAUAUCUUUGUGACCCUACUCCACGAGAGUUUUCUUUGGCUAUGGCUAAAUUCCUUGAAGACCCACAGAUGGCACAGAGAAUGGGUAUUGAAGCUCGGCGUCAUGUCACUGAGUCCUUCUCUACAAAAAUAUUUGGUCGGCGUUUGAACCAAUACCUUGUUGAUGUUGCUCAGAAUAAGAUAGACUGAUAAUCGUUAAUACAGUUUGAUUUAAUAAGAUGACAUCAUUUCCCUGGACCUUAUAUAAGAUAUGCUGGAAAACAGACAACGUUGCUUCUUGUUCGCUUCCCUAACCAAUAUUUUUGUUUUCUGCACCCACUUAGAUUGUGGAUUAUUUGAUUAGAUACCAUGUGUUUUUAAGUGUGGUAACAAUGAGAAUCAAUAUAAGAAAUGUGUUUUGGUGAUUA